GUGUGCUCUGUGUCAUUGACAAUAAUCUCCGAGUCCCCAACGAAAGAGAGCACCAGGACCGGUAGGGUUUUAGAUACACCUCUUUCUGGGUUUUAGCAGCUCUUCCCCAUGCCGAACAACAUGGUUGCUGAUAAGGGCAAGAAGGCUAAGCACUCUGACAAGCCCGAAGACGACAAUUCCGAGGUUAUCGAUGAGAAACUCGUCAUCUCUAUCGAGAAGUUGCAGGAAAUUCAAGACGAGCUCGAGAAGAUCAAUGAGGAGGCCAGUGAUAAAGUCUUGGAAGUGGAGCAGAAGUACAAUGAGAUACGAAAGCCUGUCUAUGACAAGCGAAAUGAGAUCAUCAAAUCAAUUCCCGACUUCUGGCUAACAGCUUUCUUGAGUCAUCCCGCUCUUUGUGAACUUUUAACUGAAGAGGACCAGAAGAUAUUCAAACAUCUCACCUCCCUGGAAGUCGAAGAUUUUAAAGAUGUCAAAUCGGGUUACUCAAUUACCUUUAACUUCAACACCAACCCUUAUUUUGAAGAUACAAAGCUGACGAAGGCCUUCACCUUUCUUGAUGAAGGAACAAGAAAAAUUAAUGCUACAUCAAUAAAAUGGAAAGAGGGAAUGGGCUUACCUAAUGGAUUUAAUCAUGAGAAAAAAGGGAACAAACGGCCCCAAGCUGAGGAAAGCUUUUUUAGCUGGUUUAGUGAUACAGAACAGAAAGAUAUUGACGACUUUCAUGAUGAGGUUGCAGAAAUCAUCAAGGAGGACUUAUGGCCUAACCCUUUAUCCUACUUCAAUAAUGAGGCUGAUGAAGACGAAUUGGAAGAAGAAGAAUCUAAUGAAGAGGGAAAGGAAGAUGAUGACUCUGAUGAGGACGAUGACGACCAAGACGACGACAAUGAGGCAGGUGAUGAUGAAGAUGAUGACUAGACAACUAGUGAAGUUUACAUCUCUCCAAAUGGCUCAUUUCUGUAAUAGUUGCUCAAGUAUGAAGUGGUUGGUUAAAGGAGAAUGUUGAUCGUUUCUUGUGGUAGCCUUCUUCCGGUGGGUCUGUGAGUUCAGUUGGUCAGGCAUUUCAACGCGACUCUACUUUCUCCCUAAGAGCCCUUUCGUUUUCUUCUUCUUCUUCUUCUUGUUGCCUAAAUUACUCUCUCUAAUAUAUAGAUUGUUGAGAAUAUUAUGGUUUCAAUCUUAUGUUUUGUUCUAAUGCUAACAUUGGAGUAAUGGUGUGUAAAGUUAUUUGGAUUCCUUCUUAAUGCAUAUGUAUUCAUUCUGGUUUUCCUCA